GACACCGGGCAGCUGAGAUAUAUAAAGAGCCCCUUUUUGACCGUACUUGCACAUUUUUUUCAGUGACACUUCUGAACACACACACACACACACUCACACACACACAUACACACACUCACACACACACCACCUCCACGGACUAAAUUGGACCCCUACACACCCAUUUCACUUCCACGUGCGCGGGCUAUGCAUUCAUCUGGCAAAUAAUUCACCUUUCAAUCAAAGAGCUUUUUUCGAGGCACACUGGAACGCACUUUUUAAAAAACUUUCUUCAAAAAAAGAAGAAAGAAAACUCCAGCUGCAAAAAAUAUCAUAAUAAUGGCUGACAUCUACUCUGGGUAGAUCUUUUUGGAAUAGAUGGUCCGAUUUCUUUUGCAGACUAAGACAAGGAGCGGCUCAGACCUGAAAACAAGGAUAAAAACGGAAUAAAAACGAGUCAAAACAAAUUGAAGUGAGGGGAGGGGGGGUGGGGGGGUGAAGUUUCCCGUCCCGGUUCUGCGCAUCGUCAUGUCGAGGUACAACUUUUUAUUGUGCUUAGUGGUGCUCAUCUUCCUGGGACUGUCAGGGAGCGACGAGCCCAAUCUGCUGCUGCCUCCUGCCAGCGAGACGCCCACGGAUGCUGCGGUGUCUCUGAUGGACGAGGACGCCGGUUCCCUCGAGUGCUCCGCCUGUGUUUGGAGAGAACAGAGUAAAGUGCUGCGACUGGAGACCAUAAAGUCCCAGAUCCUGAGCAAGCUUCGCCUGAAGCAGGCGCCCAACAUCAGCAGGGAGGUAGUCAAUCAGCUGCUGCCCAAGGCGCCGCCGCUCCAGCAGCUGCUGGACCAUCACGACUUCCAGGGUGAUGCUUCGGCCCAGGACGAGUUCAUGGAGGAGGACGAGUACCACGCCACCACGGAGUCCGUCAUUACUAUGGCUUCUGAGCCGGAGCCCUUGGUGCAGGUGAACGGGAAGCCCAGCUGCUGCUUUUUCAAGUUCAGUCCCAAACUAAUGUUCACCAAGGUGCUGAAGGCCCAGCUGUGGGUGUACCUGCGGCCGCUGCAGCAGACCUCCACCGUCUACCUGCAGAUUCUGCGGCUGAAGCCCAUCACAGAGCAGGGCAGCCGCCACAUCCGGAUCCGCUCCUUGAAGAUAGAACUGAACUCCAGGGUCGGCCACUGGCAAAGCAUUGACUUUAAGCACGUGUUGCAGAACUGGUUCAAACAGCCGCACACCAACUGGGGGAUCGACAUCAACGCCUUUGAUGAGAGCGGCAAUGACCUGGCAGUUACCUCGCUGCGACCUGGGGAGGAAGGGCUGCAGCCGUUCCUGGAAGUGAAAGUUCUUGAGACGACAAAACGUUCUCGGAGAAACCUCGGGCUGGACUGCGACGAGCAUUCCACUGAGUCCCGCUGCUGUCGCUACCCUCUGACGGUGGACUUCGAGGCCUUCGGCUGGGACUGGAUCAUUGCCCCCAAACGUUACAAAGCCAACUACUGUUCUGGGCAGUGCGAGUACAUGUUCAUGCAGAAGUAUCCGCACACCCACCUGGUGCAGCACGCCAACCCCCGUGGCUCUGCAGGGCCCUGCUGCACCCCAACCAAGAUGUCCCCCAUUAACAUGCUUUACUUCAAUGACAAACAGCAGAUAAUACACGGCAAGAUCCCAGGCAUGGUGGUGGAUCGAUGUGGCUGCUCUUAGGUCAUGGAAGGAGACACAUGCAUGUUUAACAAUUACAGCCCCUCAUCAAACCACAGAGAUCUCCCUUCUUCAGCAUCAGAUCACACUUUUGCUCUGCUAUUAAAACAACCCCCAUCCCACUGUUUUUCCAUUUUUUCCAGUAAUUAAAUUGAUUCUGACUGUAUAAAAAAAUUAUAAAUGAAAUAAGAAUCAAAAAAGGACCGAAUGAUGGAAAUACAGUAUAUUACAAAUUAUUUGGAAAGGAUGUACUUGUGGAGAAGUUUCAGAAAAUGAGACAAAACUAUGUCAUAGAGUUUGUGUUAGUUUUGUGAAAUUGUUAUGGCAUCUUUGUGAACUUAGUGGAAUGUGGUGACAGGAGACUUAAGUUUAUUUCAUGAAGCAAUGUCAGCUUUUAAGGUCAGUUUGAAAACACUUAAUUUUUACAAAUACACUUACUCAUAGUAAUGGAGUUUCCAUCUAUGUGUUUGCAAGGGGGGCAUGAUCAAAAUUACUCUGCAAUCUGUCACUUUAACAGCCACAAUUCAGAACACUAGAAACAGUUUUAUGAGUAGAAGUUGUAUUUGUUGAGAUACUAAUAGAAUAAAUCCAAAAUUUUGUUUACAGAUGUUGAGGCGAUCCAAAACAAAACCUGCUGUAAACACUCUUCUAAUACAUAAACACCCUUGAGGAUCUUUGAAAACUCUUUCAGCUUUUAUUUUCAGUCUUAUAAAAGCAUGUUCCCUUUUAAAUAGUGAAAAGGUUAUGCUGGUUUAUUGUUCUGUUUCUAAGCAAGUCAAAAUUAGUAAAACUGUUUCUGCACUGCAAAAGUAGAUCAUUCAGUUUUAGUUUAUCCUGCAAAAAAAUGGUCUCAAUUAACACAUGAACACAGAUGCAGAGUCAUCCUGUAGUUUCUUGGAGAGGAGAAAAAGAGCCUGUCCUACAGGAUGACAAGGACCAGAUUUCCAUCUGCAAACAAUAUAAAUUUAAAAAAGAAGAAAUAUUACCAUUUAUGGUAAGCAUAUAGAAUGUGAAUGCACGGUUUCAUCACUCAAAGGGGACUUUAGAAUAAACAUGUAGCAGCAGAUGCACGAGGGGUGUCAUUACAUCCCAGCAAGUUCAAAGUAGCACCAGAUCCAAUUAAAAUGUACAUCUGCAAAGACAUACACGUAAAGGGGAUUUUGGGCCAUUUUGAAGUGUUUUCCUUCAUAAAAGUUUUAUUUUACCUGCUGUUAAAACCUUCCUGAAUCACAUCCAUUCAAACAUAUUGUUUACAUCCAACAGGAUUGAUGAGCUAAUGGCUUGUCCAAGCACAACUGAGACCGCACUGCAGUGUUGCCGUUUUAAAACAUAUUACCUUUAGCAUUUAAAAGAGUGUUAUGGCCUGUAUCUGUAUAGCACCUUCUUAGGGUCACAUCAGUCAUUUACCCAUUCACACACACAUUCACACGCUGGUGGGAAUGAGCUACGAUGUAGGCACAGCUGCCCUGGGGCACACUGACAGAGGCGCCACCGGUCCCUCUGACCGCCACCAGCAGGCAUGGUGGGUUAAGUGUCUUGCCCAAGAACACAACAGCAGAAUUCUCUGUCCUGAGCCAGGAUCGAACCUGCAACCUUCCAAUUACUGGACAACCCGCUCUGCCUCCUGAGCUACUGCUGUGUAACAUUAUUUUAUAAACCUUUACCCAGCUGUCAGUUUAACGUUUCUGCCUAUUUACAUGGAUUUUUGUGGUUAUUUAAGCAACAAAAUGUAUUCAUUUACAAUAUAUAUACAAUCAAGUCUAGCAAUAAUUUCUUAUUUUUGUUCCAAAGGCUCAGUUCACACUACAAGAAAUUUAAAAACUGCCAAUAUUCAAAGCAUAAGAGACCACACACGUGGUGAUAAAAACAGUGCGUCAUGUGCAGCAACAUGGCAAAAACUACACAUUACACACAAACUAAAUUCACACGCAAACAUUCCCUGGUCAGAUGGGAAAUCUUGCAGAACAAAACAUGACUUUGGAGAAAUCAAACAUGAAGGGAGGAGGAGCAUGCUGCAUGCUUCAAUUACCGUGCUUUUUGAUUGGCAACAUGUCAUAUUUGACAGGCAGCACGCUUGUUUGUCAUCAAAAUCUGGCCAAGACAAUUGAAAAUGUUUGAAAGCCUGGAUUUAUUAUAUGAGAGGUCCUAACAUCUUUCCAGCAGACCAGUGUGCCCACAACACACCACACAUGGUAGGGACAUAUAAUAAGAUUAUCUUUAGAGCAUCGUGGUAAUUGUGAGCAACCCUAAAACUGUGGGAAGGGGUGGAGCUAAUUAAAUAUUUCCAUGAAUGUCCUGCCUUGUGAACCAGGUUUAAAAUUACUCUGUAAUGUGAAGCUGACAAUUAUAAAGGUUUAUAUCAUAAUGUUCAGACUGAAGAAGCUUUGGAUCAAGGUCCAUUUGAACAGUACUGACCCACACCCAAAACCUGCCAAGAUUUCACUGCAAUUUCCUUUAAAGACCAAGUUCACGUAGAAACCAUUUUUUUACUUAUGAUUUUUGAAAUGUCAUAGGUCACUGGGAGUUUAACAUGCAGACUGAAUGUGAAAAUAGUCUUCUACCCCUUUUUUCUGCAUUAGCCGCCGAUAAAAAAUAGACGAGGAAACGCUCGAAUUAGAAAAGCCUGCCAGAUCUAGGUCACGCUGAAAACUAACAUUCAUGGACUCAUCUAUCUUGACUCACAACGGGGAAGGCUGUUGUUCAUUUAGCGUCCAGGAAUCAGCCGAACGCGUCUCGGCUAGUAGAAGCUAACCGUUUUAGCAACCCCACCACAUGGCAGAACUCCUCCAGGCUUGUGCCAUUUGUGGACACAAAAUAUCUCCAAAGAGAACAGAGUCAGUGGUAGAGUCGCGUUGACAGCCAGUCAUUGGCGAGAUGUCUCAAUUAUAGGAAGACUACAAAUCCUGCCGUCUUCUGUUCCCCACUCUUCUGGUUCUCUACUAGUUCCUGAAACAGGAGCACCAGAAUUUUUGCCCCACAGAGAUUGACUCACAAGGCAUUCAUCUAUAAUACAGAUCACUGCUAAUCUACUAAAAAACAAGUGAACUUGGUCUUUGAAUUAAAUUAUUUUUGGACUUGACCCAUUAAUGUGCAGCAUUUUGCUGAUGGUGGUAAUGUGUGUGCUGCUGAAUAAUAUAAUUCUAUUCAAAUAACCAUUUAAUGUGUUACACAGCAGUGAAAAAGUUAAUAGAUUACUUUUCUCAUGAACUGCUAUGAAAUGUAGAAGAUUUGAGCGUUUUUUUACGACUGCAGUAACCUAUGAAUCUUGAAUGAGUGUCAGCUAGCUGGUAGCUCAUUGGUCCUUUAAGAUGUAAAAGACAUUUUGCUAAACAAAUGAUGUUUUGGAAGCUAUUCACAUUAUUUAUUUCAAGACCUUUUGUACAGAAACAUAAAUCAAAUUGACCAAAGUAUCCCUUCAAACACAGAACAAGCAGGCCGUUUCAUUGAUAGUUUCAGAAAACAAGACAAAAUUAUAAAGUCCUCUAACAGCAGAACUGUGCUAAGAAUUAACUUUUGUAACUCACAGCGAAACGCAUAGGGUGCAAAUAAAACAAAACAAAAUAAAAUCAGGCUGACUCAAGUUCAGACAGUGUGUUUGAUUGCAGUUUGAAAUGCCCCCAUUCACCCUCAACCCGAUGAUCAUAACGAAGAAAACAAUGUUAGUGCUUAAACUCUGAGUAGAUUAGUUUGCUCGAAGCUUGUCUUUGUCUCCUGGAUGUCGAAGCAAAGAUAUCCUUUUGUUAUAAACGAAAGCACUAUUCUGUUGGAUAAAGUGAGAGCCUCUGACAUUAUAUAUAAAUGAUAUAUGUAUAUAUUUUAAAAAAAGGGGUACAAAAACCUUUUUUUGGGGGGCACUCUACCUUACCAACAAUAAAUUUUGCACUAUGGGACGUUCAUGGCGUGAGGUGUUGUUGUAUGCGUUUUACCAAGCACAUGAGAGCUUGUACAGUAUAGGAUAAAAAAAUUAUUCAAGUUUCUGGUGAUAAGAUAUAAACUUAGGGGGAGUUUCCACUUCUUUUUUGGUACGAUCACACUUUUCUGACUUUGUCUGAAGCGGGGGCCUGUCCACACACCCAAAACUCUUGGAACCUGGAUGUACUGUAGCAGCAGCCUGAAAGGCCUCCAAUAAGCCGUGUGUGUGUGUGUGUGCAUGUGUGUGUGUGCGCGCGUGCGUGCGUGCGUGCGUGCGUGUGUGUGUGUGUGUGUGUGUGUGUGUGUGUGUGUGUGUGUGUGUAUGUGUGUGUGUGUGUGUGUGUGUGUGUGUGUGUGUGUGUGUGAUAUGUGCCCAGAUCAGAGAAAAGUAAGAUGCUUUAACUGUUAAUGACCCACUCAUCAACUUUAAUCUGUUCCCAGUCAAUGAUUUUUGUUUUUUAAAGUUUGCUUCCUUUUAACUUAACGUGCCAUCUGUCUUGCAUGGACAUGUGUCUUUGCCUUGAGUGUGUUUAAGCGAGAGCAGCCAUGUACAAAUGAGAGGAGUAUCCAGGGAUUGUUAGCCAAAGCAGAUGAUGACGUGUGCUGUAACCUUUGCAAUUGCAGGAAUAUGCUAGAUCUUUUCAAAGGGAGGGAAAAAGGCUGGUUUAGGGGCUGUGGUUGGAAAACUAUUGAACUGAUCAGUUGUUAUUUAUUAUUACUUACAAUGCAUUUAAAAGUCUGUCUACCUCACUUUAGCCUCCUAAAAAAGCCCUACAAUUUUUAAAACUAAUUUGUUAAUCAUUGUAAAGGUUUAACUCAUCAAAGCCACCUCCAUCCCCUCCAAAAAUAUAAAGCACAGGGUCCCCUCGCUCUCAGGUUCAGGUUCAGAGUGACUGACAUUAGCGACCCAGGUCACAUGUGGUCAGGAGAAAUAGUUAGGUGUACCCACAUCUGUGACUUGACUGCGGUCAAAGCUGAGAAGUUGUGUUUCUGUGUGUUUAAACUGGUGUGUCUAAAAGUUUUCCAUUGGUUUCAUAUAAAUAUAUGAGAGUAACAAAUAUCUAUGUAAGAACAUACCCAGAUGUAAAACCUUUUUGAUGUUUUGGACAGGUUCACCGCUUCUAACGUGUUUCUCUCUUUCCCCUCUUCAUCCCUCUGUUCUUUGUGUAGUAUCAAAAAUAUCACCCCAACUUUGUAGUUCAAUAGUUGUGCAUAACUGUACUAUUAUUUUUGCCUUUUGUUGUUUAUUUACUGUAAUUUUUCUUUUGUACAAUAAAUCAUUUAUUUAGCUUA